CGGAACUAUUUUCAAGGCUUGAAGCUGGAGGUAAAGCCGCCAUAAUGGAUAGAUCUUGAAGAAAUAAGUAGUGAUGAAGAAAAAUGGUUCGACGUACUGAUAGCAUCGAAGAUUAACCGACAAACAUUGUAUCUAAGUUGGCAAUCAAUUAUCUAUUUGAGAACAUUUCAAUUAUUAAGAUUUUAAUUGUAGGCGACUAUUGUACAGUUACACUACAGCGUACAUGUCGUGCUUGUGAAAGGUAUUAUUUUGUUUUCAUUGACAUUUGCCAGCAUUAGCGCAAAUGAGGAACUUGUAUUAUUCAUCACUCAAGGAUAUUUUUUCCAUUUAUGGGAUUAAACUAUGGAUCAUUCUACGAGCACCGUAACCCAUUUAUUUAUUUCAUCAAGGAGUGUGUCGGAAGUUUUGUGGCCGGUUGAAUCUGUGGAAACUAUCUUGGGAUUUUCUCGUUUCAGUCACUACGUGUGUGACAAGAGAGAGUCCAUAAGACCAUUUCUACAGACAUGUGGCAGUGUUAUACAAGCUGGCUGUGUGAAAUAGACCCAACAACAGCAAUCUUUGACAGUUUUUGUUUUCUACUGUUUAGUAUUGUGUGAAAUGUGAAUUAUUAGAUGUGAAAAUAGCACAGAAAGUAAGACACUAACUUGAGGUUGCAAUUUGUGUUAACUUUAAGUGGAUUUUCCAUCAGGCCUACAGUCUGGAUUUGAGAUCUUUCAUGAUUAUUGUGUUGGAACAUAUUUAGUUUAAAACCAUCUGAUAUCUACCUUGAUUAUCAUUGUAGUACAAUAUAGACCAUGUAAAGUACACAGAUGAAUUACAGAUUUUGGUUUUUUAAAAUUUGAUUUAAUUUAUUAUAUGAAUGCACGUUUGUUUAUUCAUAUUUUUUUUGUGGUUGAGUGUUGUUUAGUUUUAGGUUUUAUUUUUCAAAAUGAGUCAAAUUGAAAAUAGUGUAAAUGGAGAAAUGACACAUAGCAACGUUACUGAGUGUGAUCACUCUGUGAAAUUUCGUAAAACUCCUGUGAAAAGUAACAUUCAAGGGAAUGGUCGUAGGAUUGGUGUAGAUAUGGGAACCAAACUGUCUGUUUCCUCCAGACUGCAUAAGAGAAAUGCAGACAAUGUACAUCGACAAUCUCCUGUCAUGGAACGUUCAAGUCAUGCACCCAAAAUUUUAAGUUUACGUGAGCGGAAGUGUUUGUCAGAUGACAUUACUAGCAAAGUGAUAGGUACUCCAAGUACAAGCAAAAGAACUGGCACUCGCUUCCGUAUCACAAAUUAUGCUUCUUCAGAAAGGAAGGAAUUACGUAAAGAACGGUCACAGAGUUUUCCUUCAGAUUCACAGGAGGAUUUAUCCGUUUUGCCAAAAGAUAGUGAAAGUAGUUUUCCACCAGGACAGGACAGUAAAGCAAGGACUAAGUCUGAAAAUGACAAAGAAACUGAGUCUGUCCAAUCUAGUGAUAUUAAAAAACGUAUGUUUCACAGAGUAGGACUAGUGACACACAGUCCUACAGUUCCAAGUAUUGAUGAGAAUGGAGAAAUGAAAUCCAAGAUAGACAAUCAUACAACAGCCACUCCAAAAUCAUCUUCGAAACAGAACAAAUUUGAUCCGAAGUUGAGAAGGUCAAAAGUUGUGGAAAUUACAAGGGUUGAAAUUGAUGCAAGUAGUAGUACUAGUGGCAAAGAAAAGCUUUCUGUGAUAGACAGUGGAUAUGGAAAUGGUUCUUCAGAAACAAAUGAGACAGUUGAAGAUGGUAUAGGGAAAGACAAAUUAGAUGAAAAAAAUGAAUAUGAAGUAAAAGCGCUGUCAACUUCUCCAAAUGAACGAUUUCUCAAAUUUGAUAUUGAAAUUGGGCGUGGAUCUUUCAAAACUGUGUUUAAGGGACUUGAUACCGAAACUGGUGUAGCUGUGGCAUGGUGUGAGCUUCAGGACUAUCUAAAUGACAAAGUUUCGGGCUUGUUGGUAAAGGACAAGAAAUGGAAUAAAAGUGAACGUCAAAGAUUUAAGGAAGAAGCUGAGAUGUUGAAGGGUCUCCAACAUCCAAAUAUUGUCCGUUUUUAUGAUUAUUGGGAAGAAACAAACUUGAGAGGAAGAAAAGUUAUUAUUCUUGUAACAGAAUUAAUGACCUCGGGUACACUGAAAACUUACAUCAAGCGAUUUCGUAAGAUAAAUCUGAAAGUACUGAAGAACUGGUGUCGACAGAUAUUAAAGGGAUUAGGCUUUCUUCAUACCCGGACACCACAAGUAAUACAUCGAGAUUUAAAAUGUGAUAACAUCUUUAUUACUGGAACCACUGGUUCCGUCAAGAUCGGUGAUCUGGGUCUAGCCACUUUAAAGAACAAAUCAUUUGCUAAGAGUGUUAUAGGUACCCCGGAAUUUAUGGCUCCUGAGAUGUAUGAAGAGCAUUAUGAUGAAGCCGUUGAUGUCUAUGCUUUCGGAAUGUGUAUGUUGGAGAUGGCUACGUCUGAAUACCCAUAUAAAGAAUGUACGAAUGCUGCUCAAAUUUAUCGUAAAGUCACCAGUGGUGUCAGACCAGAGGCCUGUGAUAAAGUUCUAGAUCCCGAAAUUAGAGAUAUCAUAGAGGGUUGUAUUACACCAAACAGGAAUGAAAGGUACUGUGUAAAACAGUUAUUACAACAUGAUUUCUUCCUAGAAGAUACAGGGUUAAAGGUUGAACUUGUGAAUAAAGAGGACGAGACAAAUAAUAGUAGUAUUAUUCAACUGAGGUUACGUGUUGUUGAUCCUACCAAACGUAAAAACAAACAUAAAGAAAAUGAAGCUAUACAGUUUGAUUUUGAUAUGGACAAAGAUGUUGCAGAAGAAGUCGCUCAAGAGAUGGUUAAGUCUGCAUUUUUAUUAGAAGAAGAUGGUAGAAUAGCGAGUAAACAGAUCAAAGAUCGUGUUGUCCACAUAAAGAGAGAACGAGAGCGUAGAUUAAAUGAGAGCCAAAAUAAAAUAACGGAUGGUAAUCAGUCUGAUACCCAGUCUUCUUCCAGUCACUCUCAGUUAGUUCCUAGUAGUCACUCGUCACAGCAACCUGUAGCUUUUAAUUCUCAAACAGCCCUUAAUAUAAACCAGUACAGCAAGAGUUCGACUCCACCUUUUCCGAAUACAUCAGAAUCGGGUACCAAUCAACAGUUACAGCAGGGGCAAGGUAACGUGGCCCCGACACCGAAUUCAGUUGCUAAUACAAGCCUACAGGUACAGGGAGGGGAUUAUUUUACCUCGAAUGAAUUUGUAGCGGAAGCUGGUGGAGGUCAACAUCAGAGUAUGAUCCAUGUCCCUGGAACAGGUCAGACAUUAGCACCCGUGAACCGUCAGCAGAGAUCAUCAUCUAUAUCAGUUAUACAACAUUCACAAGCUAACACCGUAACUGAUAAUCAAGGUAUGAAAGGUAUUGAAGUUUUAACUGAUCAUAAAGAACAGAUAACUGUUAUUCAGACACAGGUAUCCCAGUCAAGUGAAGCAUCAGGUGUAAAUACAGGUCAAUCAGUACCCAAUGUACUAACAACACAGGGACAGUAUUAUAGUACCAGAGAUAACUACUCACCCAGACAUCAAGUUUACAGCAGUCCAUCUCAUCAAACCACACCCCAGAGUCGUAAAAGUUCCCGUUUGUUGGCCAAGGCAAGUAACCUCAGUCAUCUAGAUAUCAGUGCUGCCCAGCAACAUCAGAAUCAUAUACUACAAGCAGGCGGAUCACACGUCACAGGUGGAACGACUUCGCUAGUGUCUGGUACAGCUCCUACAACAAUGCCAUCAAUCAGUUCAAGUCAAUCUGUUAGUUGUAUUCAAGAAGAACCAGCUAAUUCACGUGACAGUGAAACUGACUCGGCUGGAGGAACAGCUUUGGAUAAAUCCAAAAGAAAAUCUAGGAAUAAACGUAGAAAGACUGCAGAGAAGAUGCCAAGAUUAAAAGUUCUUUCACUUGAUAAAGAAGAAAUUGAAUGUGAAUUAGAAUUGUCUAAUCGAACAAUUUUGACUUUUAAGUUUGCCUUAGAGAAUGACAAGCCUGAUGAAAUUGCCCAAAAUCUGGUUGACAAUGAUCUGUUGACUAAAGCUCAGACACCAGCUAUUAUUGGUUUGUUAAUGGAAGUUAUACAUAUGGUGGAAGAGAAUCCGGAAACGGCUGUAAAUUAUUGCGUUACAGCUAAUAUAACACCUUCUUCUAGUCCCUGUACCAUCAGACGUACACGUAUUCAAUCUGACACGGAUUCCGCCAAGAAAUUAAACUUUGAUGAAGCUGAAUCUACCACUAAGGAAGGAUCUGAGAAGACUGAUCCAAAUCAUCAUGUUACAGACACCAAUAAAAGUGACUCAACAGUCAUAAUUAGUAAUCGCAAGAAAUUUUUCGUUAGUCGAGUAAAUGAUAGUUUACCAGUAGAAUCUAAAAUAUCUGAAGAUGAUGUAGAAGAAGCAACAGCCACAACUCCAGAAAAUCAGCCAUACCAGUCAACACCUGUGGUUAGUGGAACGGCUCUCCCAGAUUCUUCCCUACCCACUGAAUCAGAUGUUUCUUGGAAGAGUACAACCUAUCCACCAAAUGUGCCAAUAGACUUGACUGAUUUAAAAGAAAAGCUCAGCCAGAUUUCAUCGUCUCAAAAGCUAGCUGCUGGAAACCAAUCAACUGCAGUUACUCCUGGAGAUUUUCCUCAAACACCAUAUCCAGAACAGCAACAGAUGGUCCAGGAUCAACAACAACCAAACCUACCAUCUCAAGUAUCAUAUUUAGCUGGUAACCUACAAAUUCCUGGAUCUCAGAGCCCACAGCAUGGACAACAACCGCAAAUUCCCCAAGAUGUUAACCAGUCUCUUCCACAAACAAGUCAGACAUCUUGGCAACCAGGCCAUCAGAAAAUGAACCCUCCCUCAACAGCACAAAUUUCUCAAUAUGCAGGACAGCAACCCAUGUUUGGUUAUCAAUAUCCUCAAGGACAAGGAAUGUAUUAUCCACAGUUUGUUCCACCAGAAAUGAUGAUGACGUAUCAACAGCAACAGUUUCAGUAUCUUCAGCAACUACAACAACAGCAACAACAAAAUCCCCAGUUUGCGAUGCCCCCUCAGUUCAUGUUUCCUAACUAUAUGUUCCCUCAGGGUCAGAUGCCCAUGUAUCCACAAUACAUGAACCAAUCACAGCCACCUCAUAUACAGGGAGAAGCCAGUGGAAGCAAUGGAGGCUCUCCACCAAGAUCACCAUCUCAAUCAAGGCGAAUAUUAAGGGAGGAAGGGUCUUCUGAUGCUCUCAACCAGGCUCACAGUCAAUAUUCCAGUCAAGAUGGAAAAAAAGCAAAUAUGGGAAAUGCUGGUUUGGCUGGAUUAGAGCAAGCUAUUAUUAUGAGUUUACAUGGACAUCGUAGUAUGCCAUCAAGUGGUACAACACACUCGUCUCCAAACUUUUCUGCCAGCAUGCUUCCAACUACCCAGAUUUCAACUGAAACUCUUUCAGAACCCACUGAGGUUGAAAAGGGUGAUCAGACAACAAAAGCAGAGCCUUCAAGUACUCAGACACAGACAGAACAGUCUGUUAAGAAGUCCAGGUUUACUGUAGAAACUGUAAAAGAAAACCCAGAACAGCAAGGAUCAGAUGAGGUGGACAGCUCCCCUGAUGAAGUACCUGGUACUGGACAUGCCAAAGAAACUUCCCAGAAGGGAAGAUUUAAAGUCACAACCAUUAAAGAUGAUGUGUCCAACAGAUCUAUUGAAGAGUCUCCAGUGAUUGAAAACUCUCAGGUGGUGGAUUCAGAAACUAACACAUUGGUGGACAAGGCAAGUUCACCAGCCCAAUUUACUAACAAACAAAAAUCACAAUCUUCUUUAGAAUUUACUCGAGCUGCAAGUAUAAGUAGAUUGCUAGAACGCCUUUAUAGACAAGUUCCCACAAGUUCCUCUACCUUAGGCAAAAAAGAAGGCCUUACUUUGCAAAUGCAUAGAGCAGCUUCUUUUGAUAUAGAUGCUAGUAUUCCCGCUCGUAAGACCAAACGUUCUGUCUCUCUUGCAUGCCUCCCUUCUUUUAUAUACUCUUCUUCUGACAUUGGUGAUGGCUCCCAUGAUAUUCUCCCAUCCCACCUCCGUAAUAGGAGGGGCUCUAUGAGAUCCCCAGGUGACCGGCUCAUGCCUGCUGACUCAGUUGACUCUUCAACGCAAACCUCCCCAGCGGUGGUUAAGAAAUCACCCCAACUGCGAACACCUUUAAUACGGCAAGAGAAAAUAGAAGAAGAAUCACCUAGUAGUGAGGAGAAGAAGAAAAUUUAUAAAUUAGAAGAAGAUAUUGAAUAUAAAGAAUUAUGUUUGAGACACCAGAAAGAGAGAAAUCAAUUUCAGUGUAUGCAACAAAAAGAGAUGGCAGAAUUUCUUCAGAAGAAGGGUUUAUCAAUGGCUUGUUUGAUGACACCUAUCACUACUGGCAGUACAGUAUCAUCAGCUUCAAUCAGUCCGAUACUAGGAGUUGGGGGUAUACCCAUAUCUCCCGUCGUUAUGACUACCAUGCCAGCAAAUCAACGAAGAAAGUCGAUCGACAAGCAAGGCAAAACAUUCUCCGAAGACUUCUUCAAAUACACUGAUCUUUCGUUGCCGGCAAAAGCACCUCCGAAACAAGAUUCUAAAAAGAGUUUAAAUGAACUGAAACAAGAGAUGGAGAAGUCUGGUUGGGACUCGAAAUCUGUAGUGUCUAGUGAUAGUAAUACAGCUGUAGCUAGUGGUAAUAAUACUAUUAAACAAAGUGAUAGUUUAAAUAUGAACAAUAUUGAUAGGAAUAUACCAGAACGACAAGUUCCUAGUAGGAAGUCCAGUGUAGAUUUAACAAAUAUGAGCCAAAACUUCAUUCCAGAUCAAUUCCGGCAACAACAGCUCCUGCAAUCCAUGUUUCAACCUAUGUUUCCAUAUAAUCAGUACUCCAGCUUUCCAGCUUCUGGCACCAGUACACCAAAUCCAUAUUAUCCUUACGCUACCCCCUCCAGAAUGAACAUGCCGCAACAAGGAAUGGUCCAGCAAGGAAUGCCCCAAGGAAUGCCACAACAGAUGCCCCAACAGCAAAGUAUUCCUCAAGCUAUGAACCAGCAACAGGGAAUCCCCAAAAUUAUGUCACAACCGGGAUUAUCACAGGGUAUUCCCCUUGGAGUUCCUCAAGGAAUAAGUGCUAGCAAGAUACCUGUUACCGCCUUACAGUCAAAUAUUCCUUCGCAGAGCAUUAAUAGUGGUAGUGGCGUGGUGCCACACAGUAAUAAUAUUAAUAAUCAAGGAAAAGAAUAGACUCUUCCUCGUCUUUCAAACUUAUCAAAUAUUUUCGCUAUGCUUUUUUUCUUGGGUUUUGUAUGAAUGAAAGUACGCCUGGUGUCUGUGUCUUGGAAGAGAAUUGGUGCCAAUAUCCAGUAUUACGUCAUAUAGGAAUAGAUUCUACAAUACAAACAGAAAAAAAUACGGACAUGAUAUACAAUAUAAAAUAAUUAUCGCUGUGAAUAUUUGGAACCAAUUAAACUAUAUGUAUUUAAUUGUGACAUAUGGAAGAUUACAUAAACAAGUAUAUAUACAUAUAUAUAAAAUAUUAUUAUAUAUAGUAGAUAGCUAAUUACGGUUAUUGUUGAAGGGAGAAGAAAUAUCUAAAUUGAAGGCCUUUGAUUAUUUGACAAACAACCAAAUUCUUUUUUCUUUUUUUUUUUUGCUUGUCUUCCCUCUGUAGACACUGACAAAAAAUGUGCUUUUCAUGUGUGCACAUAGUGAAUGAAAUUGUGUUCCCAGUUUAGAAAUGGUGGUUGCAGUUGUAAUGGUUUUGGCUUGUGUCAUGUGAAUCCUAUGAGAAAGGAUUAUAGUUUGAAGGGAGGUCUUUCUGCAGAGAAUUUUAAAAAAAGUUAGUCUCUUUGCUUUGUAAAUAAGAAGAUCCAAGUGAUUGUACAUAAAAUUCUUUGUGGAUGUUGUUAAGAAAGUUUUGCUAUUCGAACACUUAAAUGUGAGAUUUUAGCAUCUGGUGAAUGAAGACAAAUCAAGUGAUGAGAAUUAAGGUUAUAGUUUAUAAAAGCAAGCUUCUAUUUAUUAUAAUAGACACAUAGACUAUUGAGCGAUAACUUGAAAGCAUGUGCCGAUUUUGUAUUAAAAUAUCUGUAAUUAUCUCCCCUUGUUUUAUACAACAACGCACAUGUAUUAUCCCCCUUGUAAUAUCCCUAUAUUUAACAUUUGCUCACAUUACAUGCUUCAAAUAAUUGGGAUGAUUUACAAGUUUGUAAAAAAAAAAAAAGACAAAAAUUAUUCUUUAAUUUGAGAAAUAGUUUGUCGAAUUGCAAUAAUUUUCUGAUGUUUGCCUUUUUGUUUUCACGUUAAAGAUAUGGUUGUCGACAGUAUUAACUGUGUCUAAAAAGUUCGAAUUUGAAUUUAUUGUUUCAAUUUUGUUGCUUUAAAAAUAUGAUAUUAAUAUAAAAUGAUUCAUGAAUGCAAAAAGCCUGGUUUGUAUAAUAUAUAUUAUUUAGAUGUAAUAUAGAUGAUAGUAAUAUGUAACGAUAGUUGUACGGACGUAUGCGAAAAGAACAAGAACAUGAACAUGUAUAAAGAUUUACGUUAUUUAUUUAUAUAGUUUUGUUUUCCAACAGAUUUAAUAUUUAAAUGAUUAAGUCUGAAAGAUGGAGGAUAGUAAUCCGGCAAUGAUAGGUAGAAGUCCUGGUUUACACAGUCUACUGCUGAAUUUUCAAAUUUUGAGAUUAGUGUAAGAAUAGUGUGUUUUCGUUCGCUGAGUUUAACUAAACAUCCUAUCAUGGAAUUCAAUUCUUAAACCGUGAAAUCAUAGUAUUCUUAAAAUAUUUGUUAAUUCCAUACAAUGUAUGUCAAAUUGAAGUCUUAACACUUGAAUUUCUGAAUUUAGACUACUAUAACCAUGACUUCCACCUAUGUAUGUUUGGAUGUUUGGACAAAGAACUUGAUAUAUCUAAUUUGGCUGACAGAAAGUUUUAAAGAAAGAAAUUCCAUGUUAGCAGAAUCCAAUGGUUGCUGCAUGGAAAUAUUUUAUUCUAGAUCCACCAUAACAAAAAUUCUGAUUAUUUAAAUCAUUUUUUUUUACGUUUCAUUUUGUUCAUACUCUUAUCUUCCAUCUUAAUCAUGCUGCCAGGCAUUCAUUCAAACCAGCAAAUAUACAUAUACACAACUAUAACAAAGAUAUACAGCUAUUUCUUAUUACCAAAUAAACGAGAGGUCUUUAGUAGAAAGAGGUGGCACCUGUUUCGGUAGAAAUAGAAGUGUUAAGAGAACAUAUACAAAUGUAGGAGAAUUAUGUAUUUACACACCUAACCCGAGAGGGUGAGCAGUAGGCUACACUUGAGAUCAUUAUGCCCGUCAUUGAGUUGAGUAUUGUAGUCUAACCCAGUCUUGAAUGAGACACGCAGAAGGGUCGCCUGCUCAACCUUGUGUGUUUUAUUUAGAUCUUCCGGUGACUAGUUCGGGUUGAGUGGAUGUUAAAUGCUAAUCCUCUCCUCCAGGAUGUUCUGUUGUACAUGUACCUCGCCAUAUUGAAAAAAGGGAGGUAAUUUCCAUCUACAUUUGGGGUUUGUUUUGUGAUUUUGGUGUGGAUGUAUUACAUUCAGCAAUCCAAUUGCCAUUAAAUGCAGAUGGUCAGGCUUCAGGGCCAUAAUUCACAAACAAUCAAAUCUCUAAAUCCUUACUACAGCUUGAAAUCGGGGUAAAAAAAUCUUGGAUGUGACAACUCGCAAUUGCUGAUUAUAAUCAAAAUUUGUGAUAAUUUAAGUUUUGUGAAUAAAUGGUCAAGGCCCAAUGCACAGUUUUAAAUUCCUAUUUUCAAAACAUCUUCAGUAUAUGAGAAAAGAUGUAUGGGUUAUUGUAAUGUUACAAAAUUAUAUUAACCUGCCCCUGUAUUCACGAAUAUUGGUUUGAGUGCCUGGCAGACAUGUAUUAAUUGUUUUGUUUUAAACUGUUGAACUUAUUAAGAGCCUUUUUCAUUACGUUAUAAUAAAUGCAUGAUUUUAAGGAAAAAAACUAGUUUUCUUUGUAAUUACCAACUACAAGUUAUUAACGUGGACUACAUCAGUGAUUUUUAAACUAAUAUUGCCUUCGUGCUUUUGAUUAAGUUGCUUAAGUGGUAUGAGGUAGGCGUAAGAUAUAUAAAAAAAAUAUUUUGUGAAAGAAUCAGUUCGAAUGAUGUUUAUGGCAUUUUGAAAAAGAGCUCUUCUUAGUUAGUGGUAAAUUACAUGAAUUGGGUAAAGCCGUGAUAUUAUCAAAUUUUAAAACAAAGCUCUUCUUAUUAUUAUCCGUAAACAAAAAAAAGGUGAGAGUUUAAUUUACUAGGAUUUUAUUUUUAUGUAUUAUAUGACGAAAGGUAUAAAUAACAUUGAUUUAAUUUAUUAUUUACAUUUUUUUUCUUUCUUUUUCUUGAAAAUUAAAUAACUUGGGACAAAUAUGGACAGUUGUAAUAAUAAUAAUUAUCAAAUUUCCAUCUUAAAUUUUGUUUGGUCAGAUUGCUUGAUGAAGGUACCUGUAAGAGUAUUGAAAGUUUGAAAAGUUACAUGUAAUAAACUAAGAAGUAGUAAAUCGAUAAAGUUGUGUUAUUAUAAACAGUAUCCUAUCAUCUAUUCUAGAUGUAGUUCUAUUUCAUAUUACGGCAACAAUAUACAGAUAUUAAGGGGAGAGGCUACCCGAAAAAAUGUUUUUAAUAUUAAAGCUAUUGAAUUCAAAAUGUUAAGAGUAGUUAGGAAAUGGAAAACUGUCUUUUUUAAAAAAAAUUGUUGCCAUGUUAAUAUCUUUUUGGAAAAAAGUAUAAACAACUUUGGUAUGUCAUAUCUCUGUGAUUAAUUAAGGUAUCUUCACCAAAUUUGCAGGAUUUAUAAACAAAUACCUACCACGGAAUCAUAUCAGAUUUUUCGGGUAGCCUUAGUUAUUAACAAUGUUUAAUACAAUAUAUUUACAUGUAGACUAUCGAAAUAACAGUUUUAAAAAAUUUAAAUCUACAUGUCUUUUCGAUUCUAGAUUUGACUAAAAUUAAUAGAUAAAAAAUAUUUGAAAUUUUGAUCGUGAAUGUACGAAAUACUAUUUUGAAAGGCAGUCAGUAUUAAUAAAGAAAUAAUAGAUUUUAUUAGAAAUUAUAUUUAAUAUAUAUUGUGUAUAUAAAGAAAUAUCAAUAUAAUGGAGAUAUGUGCAAUUUGUAUCGUGGACCUCGCUUUUAUAUUCAAUUAAUAUAAAUAAAAUCAGUUGUUAACUUACAUAUCUUUUUUUGAAAAUAUUGAUAUUUGAUCUUCUUCGUACGUGAAAAAUUGUAGUCACAAUUCAAAUUUUGCAACCUUUAAACUUAAAAAUAUAUUUUCUCAACAGCCGAGGUAAAAAUAUUUUCAGUUUGUUGUAGAGAACCGGAUUUACCUCAAGGGAACCUAACUUAAUUACGUGACAAGGAGGAGGGGUGACAAGGAAGAGGGUCGCCUGUCCAACCUCGUGGGUUUUCUCCGGGUCCUCCAGUUUCCUCCCACUGCUAAAGACCCCUAUGCGCAAGCAAAUUAUUGAAAUAAAAUUAAACCAUAUGUGAGUACCGAAAUGACCUAGUUUGUGUCAGUGGAGGUUAAACCCCAUUUCUCUCUCUCUCUCUCUCUAACCAUAUGUUUGUUCUGAAAUGACCUAGUGUGUCAACCCCAUUUCUCUCUCUCUCUCUCUUUCUUAAGGAAUUAGUCAACAGAAGUUAUUUAUUUUAUCCAACUUAAUAAAUAAUAAUAGAUUUAAAUUAAACUAAUUAAACUGCUAAAUUAAUUAUUUCAAUUUAACACAGAAACAUUUUUGUACUAAAAUAAUAUUUAAAUGUAAUAUUAAGAGAAAGAAACUCCCAAUUUGUCCCAAGAUAUGAUCAAUUUAAAACCAUUUCUAUUGUGAUAAGAUUCAGUAUGUAGGUGAGUAACAAUUAAUGCAAGAUGUUGGAUAUGUAGGUCUUUAAUACUAAUGUUAUAUUUUUGAAUGGCUCUUGAACAAUGCAAAUAAUAAAAGGGCUUUUUGCAGUAAAUACCAAAAUAAUUUUACAAA